CUGUUCAAUAAUGUCAUGACUACACACGUAAACCAUAUAAUUGAUUAGUUUUUGACUGAUGAUUGAUCGUGAUGAAGGCUGAAUUUUAUAUGAAAUUUGACAAAUAAGUCGACUUUUUUUGUUGUUUGUGGAAGUUAUGGGCAGUCAUCUUACUUAACAUGAACACAGGAUUGGGAUGGCACAGGCUAUAAGCUGAAGCAGAGACGUUUCAUACCCAUUUUUCGGAGCGCUCAGUAGGCCUACUUCAAAUAAAAUUAGCAUGAUGAACAACUCUGCAUAGUGCACGACGGCAAGUGAACAGUGACAGUGACAACACACGAUGGAACUUGAUCUUAAUAUUGAAGUCUCAAAAAGUUUUCAGCAACACGAACACUGAAUGUGUUGGACAGCACCAUGAUGGCUUUACCGGACCCAAACAAGCAGACUUUCCCCGUCAUUCCGAACCCUAUGCAAUUCUUCGUCAGUCCCAACUGCCCCUCGCCAACCAAGACCACCGAUUCCAGCGCCUUGUCCCUGAAACACUCCGCCAUCCAACUUCCGGCUCUGGUCCAUUCAGGAGAAGGGGACGGCCACAAGGAAACGGCACAGCAAAAUGCAACAGCUCUAUCUCUGCCGAAGGUCAAGAAAACUAUUCCAAUGAAGAAGGCAGCGCCCUCUCACAUGAGAGGAAACAGAAUCCCGGAGAAUUUCCGGGAGGUCUCAGCCGAACCCAUGCCGUACCAAUGCCAGUUCUUUCGAUCAACAACAAAGGUGCAGUCUGUGCCAGUGACCAAGCGACACCGAGACAUGUUCAGCGCCGCAGCCAGAUCCAAGCCAGGUCCCCUUGCCAAGACUAAGAACAUGUCCUUCCACACCAAGCCUUUCCUGUGGCAGGCAAAGGAGAAGGCAGGUAACCAGAUUGAAAUGACGAGUCUUCCCUCGCGAUUUCUGGAAGAGGAGGAGAAUCUGCGAGAGGUCAGAGGGCAGAAGAGGAAACAUGGCGUCCCAUCACAUCGUCAGGGUUACAAUGAUCUCUACGUGGGAGGAAACACACCUAAUAUUGCUCAGAAGUUCGACUACAAGACAGAAGCCGACAAUGUACGACACAUGGUCUUGCCAGAGAAUGCUCAGGAGCUGUACAUGGGACGUGGAAUCAGACUACCAGAGGAUCAUUCUCUAAACAGAAGAAGAAAAGACUGGAAAGCCAAGAUAGAUGCCGAAUACGCCCUUCCGAGUUCAGCACCCGCUGUUGCAACAGAACCAUCCACAACAACAGCAACAGCAGCAGCAGCUGUCGACUCGACGCGAGCAGCAAGACCGGAGGCACAGCCAAGCCCAAAAACUAGGUAUACCACCAGUCAUCCCCAACCCAAAGCAACCCGCUCCCAUUCCAUCACCCAUCACGAUGCUGACUCUCGUAGUAGCGUAGCUAGCGAGCGAUCCGUUGCCAGCCGGAAACUGGAACGGAGGAAGUCCCAAGCAGAAGGGGCGAGGCGAAACUCGGAAGCGUCGAGGAGGGGGAGUAACGCCAGCAAGGGGCAGAAGGAGCCGCCAAAACAUGAGGAGGAAAAAGUUGCUGAGCAUCCACAACAAGCAGUGGAAGCCGAGGUGACUGUCCCUGAUGCGGAUGAUGAGGUUGACAUGGAGAGAGAAGAGGAAGACUUAGCGGACGUCUCCACCGCAGUGGAAGUCCAGACCAUCCCGGAGGAAAGCAAAGAGGAGGAAGACACAGCUGGAACAGUGGAAGAAAACAGGCCUGAUUCUGAAAUGGAGACGGAAGCACAAGAGGAGCCCCCGAGUCGGCAGGGUCAGCUUCAUGACUCAGAUUCUCCAAAAGGGGCGUCGCCCAACCCCCUGACAUCCAUUGAUAUCACCUUGCACAUGACGGCCAGUCAGAAAGAAGAGCUUGCAGAGAGGUUUCAUAAGCUGGACUCCAACAAAGACGGGCACAUUACAUUCCAAGAACUGACAAGCAUACUUCCAGAAUCCCUCACCAAAUCGCAGAAGAAGUUCAUCAAAGAGUUUGUUGAGGUGUAUGAGACGGUGAGUAGCAGCACCUUCUUUGGUCUGGAGGAGUUUGUCGGGGUGACAUGCCUGGCAGAAAUGUUGUCUAAAUUACCCGAGCCAGUCAAAGAUACUUAUGACACCAUCAAUUUUGCCACAGUCCAGCAGUCCAUCAUGCAAUUUGUUAUGAUGUUUUCGUCAGUGGAUAGACAGCAGACUGGUACCAUCUCCAUUCCGUCCCUUCUAGAGGUGCUAUCCAUGGCCACUGACAGAGACUUGGUGUCAGACCAGAAUCUUACCGGUCAGAUCCUGACAACAAUCGGAAAGAAUCUGGGGUCAACCGUCGACAAAGUAGAGUUUCUUGCCUUUCUGCCAUACUUCCUUCAAUUCAGAUGAUGCUUGGUCGCUGACGAAACCUGAACAGUCAAUCUUUCCAAAUAAUUGUCAUCACAAAAAAGUACAAGUCAAAUUAACCUUUUCAGUCAAUUCUCUGUCAAAAGGAAAAUUAGAAGGGUUGUCUAUGUCUUGAUUCUGUUGCUUUUUAAAUGUCCUUUUCUUUGUGUUUUCAAUUUGAUGACAUCAAGUACCUGUUCAUGAUUUUUUUAUGUAUAUUUUUUGUUAUUGAUGAUUUCUAUCUGAAUGCAUUGGAUCAUUCUGUGAGGGUUUGUCUCGACCCUCCUUUUUUGUCAUCAUUUCAGAGAAUUCAUAACUUUCUUGAGCUACCUACAUUGAUAAAGCUAUGUACCACUUAUUAGAGUACCAGUGAAUAAGUUGGUAUUUCAACUGAGCAAGCACACAAUGAUAUAUGGCUCACAAGUCAUUCGGGAUAAUCGAACGCUCAUCGCAGGCGCAUGCAUGCGCAAGGAGAUGGUCGCACAACGCUCGCAUGUUUAACUGCGAGAAGAAUGAGCGUUCGUGUACAAGACACUUGGGUAGCAUCAGCAAUUUGACCCCGAAUGACCUUUGACCUGUACUACUUCAUUGAGAUACCAUGUUGGCUCAUUCUGAUCCAUUCAAUUCAUAUCGUGACUCUUUUACUCAUUUUUUUAAUCACUGUAGGCCCCUACUUUCUUUUUUUUUAAUGUGGAAUUUUCUUAAAUCUGGUGAAUCAUUUGAGGAAGAAUCACCAGUUUCUGGUAGAGCACAAACCUGUCUAUCUCAGUACUUCUACACUUAGUAAUUUUCUCUUCAUAAAGGACCUGCAAAUAAUGAAAAGGGAAAAAAAUAAGUUGACCAGAUUUGUGUAGCUAUUAUUUUCUUUUCGUAGGAUAUGAUUUCGUGUUGGGGUGAUGUAAAUCAA